UUCACAUGCACAGAAAGAGUAGGACUGAGAGAGAGUGAGAGUGUGAGAGAGAGAGAGAGAGAGAGAGGAGGGAAUGUGAUACAAAAGAAAAAGGAGUGAAAGGUAACGCACUUUCACAGUCUGGAUUUUGAACUGCUUACUGCAGAGUGUGUGUUCAUGGUUAAGUGAGAUCUAGCAAGUGGAUGAAUUGCAGGACAGCAAGACUUGAAAGCAGUCUGAGAAGAGAGGGGGAGAGGGAGAGGAAGCGAGAGAGAAAAAGAGAGAGAGAGAGAAAGAGAAAGGGUGGAAGCUGCCAAGAGCAGUGAAAAAGCACAAGGCCACGAAAGGAAUCUCUCUUCAUCAUGGGCAAGUCAGCCUCAAAGACGUUCAACGAGGAGGUGCUGAAGUCUCACAACGAGUACAGAAAGAAGCAUCAAGCGCCGCCAAUGAAGCUCAGCAAAAAACUUUGCAGAGAGGCGGUGAGAUAUUCAGAGAGUUUGGCUAGCACCAGGAUUUUAAAGCACAGUGUUGAAUCCAGUAGAGGAAACUGUGGGGAAAAUCUGGCCUGGGCAUCUUAUGAUCAAACCGGAAAGGAUGUGUCUGAUCGCUGGUAUAAUGAAGUGAACCAGUACAACUUUAACCAGCCUGGAUUCUCCUCAGGAACUGGUCACUUCACUGCGAUGGUGUGGAAGAGCUCAAAGAAGCUGGGUGUCGGUAAAGCCGUUGCAUCCGAUGGCUCCACGUUUGUGGUGGCUCGCUACUUUCCUGCUGGGAAUAUCACUAAUCAGGGCCACUUUCAGGCUAAUGUCUUGCCUCCUAAGAGCUGAUCCUGACAUGAAUGUGGAGCUAGAGGUCCAUGGAUUGUUAGGGCAGAUUGAACACUGGUCUGAAAGCAGUGCAUUGAAGCCUUACAGGGCUUUUUUUUUUCUUUUUUUUUUAAACACACUGAUGCCUUACAGUUUAGUUGGCCUUAGAAUGUUACAUUUAUUUUUAAUACUAAGCUUAGUCCAUGUUAAACCUGAAAAUUGGAACAUCUUUACAGUAUUGUAAGAUCAUUCAGCUAAUAUAAGUGCCUAUGUAUUUUUAGACAUGUAAUUUCAGAUAAAUAAUCCCCUAGUGCUCAUACACAAACACACAGUCUCCUGUAUUAUAGUUAAAGGUGAAAUUCAAGGGUAAGCUCUAGAAAUGUCCACAUAAAUGGUUCAUGGUGUUUCAGUUUAACGCUGAAGCACUGAACAUAAGCCUAUGGCAUGUUUUCAAAUGUUUCUCCUUUCCAUUAAAGAAAAAAGCUAGUGUUUUGUCUGUAUUUUUUCACGGUUGUUGUUUGAAUGACCGACAGCACUAAACAUUUAAACAUGUCUGUGUGAGUUUGUCUUUCAGUUUUACAUUUCAUUCAUAACACAGCAAUGGGAGUUUUUUAUAUCUGUUGUUACUUAGAAGACGGAAAUUUAAAAAACACUAGUCUUUGGCUAGUCUAACCAUACAGUUGUGUUUUUUUUUCAAUUCACAAAUCUUUCAUUCUGUAUACUUCACAACAAAACACUUUGAACUGUACACAUUAUAACUUUUUGGACCACAUGGCAGCGAUAGACUUGACUUUAAUCUAAUACUUUGUUCUCUGUUUCUUCAACAACUGGUCUAGUAUUACGAACACUAUCUGCCAAAUGCCGUAAAUGUAAUAAAUGAAUAAACCAUAUCUUUUAUACA